AUGGAGAGUGAUUCUGAAACCUUUUACAGCCUUCCUGGCAGUGGUAGGAAGGUUAGAGUUCCAAUCAAAGUAAAGAAAGGAAAAGUCGUAUCACCAACCGGGGUUCAAAACUUUGAUUUUGAUGAGGAUUGUCCAGAUGAUGAGCGAAUGGCCCUGCAGCCCGCGCCUUCUUACAUGUCACAGGAAGGUGAAGAAACUGUACUUUUGGAAGGCAAUGAUGAAAUGGCAGAGCUUGAAGCUAGGAGAAUUAAGAGGGAAAUGGAGGAAGACGAAGCCACUCACUUUACAGAAGGAUUGGGAGAAGAGAUUAUCAUGCCCGAAGAUUCAGAUGACGAAGAAGUGAAUGCAUUGGCCGACGAACUUGGUGGUCUCUCUGAUCAUGGUACUAAGAAUGUAGCUGGCAUGUCUCACGACAAGACGGAAUCGUCUGAAGAAGAGAAGAAAGAGGAGGAUGUUUCGGAUUUUGAACCAGCUCGCACUGGCAUUGAGUCUGAUGGUGAAGCUCCAAAGAAUUCAUCUGGAGCCGAGUCAGCUGCGAAAUCUGAAGCCACUGACAUACCUGAGAAAGCAGAAAUUGCUGACAUACCUGACAAAACUGAUGACAAACAAUUCGUGUCUGAAGUCGGUUUUGAAGAACCUGAAUCAACUGUUGAAGAGGACGAAAGAGCAGCAGACGAGGCGAAGUCAGCGAUUGUGGCAACAAAUGCCGCUGUCGAGACGGCUGAUGACGAACAAGUUGCUUCGGACGACGUUGUUGAAGAAGCCAAAGCCGAAAAGGAAGAAUAUGAUGCAGAAAAGGCUGAUUCAGAGAUUGUGGCAACCAAUGCUACUGAAGAAUCGGAAGAACAAGAAACGGAUGAAGCAAAGUCUGAAGAAUCAGUGAUAGAUCCUGUUGUUAAGACGCAGUCGGAAGGUAAAAGUUUGGCGUGCUCCACCAACACAACCGAAGAAACACAGGAAUUCGAUGAUCAACACGAAAAUGCUGCUUCUGAGCAAGAAACUGUGUCUCAAUCAAAACUACAAGAGGAUCCAGCUUUGCUUGUUGGAGCUCCAGACAACGAAGAAGAAACAGAUAUAGAGGAAGCCAAGAAGGGUGUUGAUCCUCCAGCUCGUUCCAGAGGCACUCCGCAAGGUGACGUGGACGAGGAUUCCUCGAUACCAGAAGGCCCCGAUGAUGAACUAAUGUUUGUCCCUGCAGUGGGGAGCGCUUCUGACACGGAUUAUGCCACAGCCUCUGACACCGAUUACAACACUGCAACGGAUUAUGCCACUACAGACUACGCCACUACAGAUUAUGGCACAGACACAGAUGGCGGCACGACAGAUUAUGCUACGACAGAUUACGCUACCAGUUUUGAUUACGACACUGAAACUACACGUGAAGUUGACGAUAGCGCCUCUGUCAACCAAUCGGUCACUCACUCUAUCGCCAACUCGAUUGCGGCGGAUGGAAAGGGACCUCGCACGAGAAAGAAUGAAAAGGAACGAAGCAAGUGGUCACUCUUUGGCUGCGGAAUCGUCGAAGAAGUCCCCAGUACGAAACAAGAAUGGUGGAACUUUGUCUUGGACAGCACAGAAGGUGCCCUGCAAACUGUCGGAGGUAACCAUUGGGAUGAUCCUUGGGCUGCUGAAGAUGAGUUUGACGAUGACUUUGAUAGUUACCUGAACCACAACCGAAGCAACCGGCCAAGGCGGCGUGCCAGAAGUGCAUCAACUACCAGAGUUAACAGCAGGCAAGCAGCCGCAUCAAGAACCAGAAAAUACCGACGAGCUUCUUCUGCACCUCGAACGAGAACAAGGAAAGCCCUGCCAAAACAAGAUCGGCGAAAGCAGCUGGUGUAG